AUGUUUGUUGAACAUAUAAUUUUUUUACUGCUUGCAGGCGUCUUGGGCGCCUACUAUGCUUUAAAUUAUCACUACAAUUAUUGGAAACGACGAAAAGUAUCGCAAAUUCCCCCGCGUUUUUUACUUGGCAACAUGGCGGGAAUUCUUAGCAUGCGACGUAGUCCUGCGGAUUUUAUCAACGACCUCUACAAUAAUUCAAGCGUUGCUGAUAAGCCCUUUGUGGGCAUAUACGUGUUCCACAAACCAGCUCUGCUGCUGCGUGAGCCCGCCCUAAUUAAGCGUAUCAUGGUCAAGGACUUUAGCGAUUUCAGUAAUCGUUACUCUAACUCAGAUUACAUAAAAGAUCCAUUGGGUUCACAAAACAUUUUUUUUUUGAAAAAUCCUGCUUGGAAAGAAGUACGUUUAAAACUAUCACCUUUUUUCACAAGCAACAAACUAAGAAACAUGUUUGCACUUAUCGAAGAGAUUGGAUGCAAUCUGGACACCUACUUGCGCAACAUACCACUAGAGAAUGAAAUGGAACGGUCCUUCCAGCUAGAAGUUAAAGAGCUAUGUGCACUUUUUACGACUGAUGUCAUUGCUUCUGUAGCAUACGGAGUGCAGGCUAACAGCUUUAAGCAAGUAAACAGCGAAUUUCGGCGGCAUGGUCGAGCUGUUUUUGAAUUUACCUUCAAACGUGCCGUAGAGUUUAUAAUGGUGUUUUUUCUUCCAAAUCUGGUCCCUUUUUUCGGAUUUAAGGUCGUGCCCGUUGAAGCUGCUAAGUUUUUACGUAGCAGUAUUAACCAUAUAUUGAUGGAAAGAGAACGCACCGGCGCGUGUCGAAACGACCUGAUUGAUAUUCUCAUUGAGUUCAAGCGCAGCAACCAAAAGUCUGUCGGGAGUGACCACCAAAAGCUUAUUUUCGAGGGAGAUAUUCUUGUUGCCCAGGCAGUGCUCUUUUUUACAGCUGGAUUUGAGUCUUCCUCAUCGACUAUGGCAUUUGCACUAUUUGAACUGGCAAAGCACACUGAUGUACAGCAACGUUUACGUGCCGAAAUAAAAGAGGCGUUGAAUACUACCGGAGGGGUCUUAACCCAUUCGGUAAUUGACUCACUGCAAUAUAUGCAAAUGGUUCUGUACGAAGUGCUACGCUUGUAUCCACCCCUACCAUUCUUAGACCGCGAAUGCACUACUGUUAACGGUGCCGAUCAAGAAGGGUAUUCCUUAGUGCCGUUUCAUGAAACUUUUCAUAUACCAAGUGGCAUGCCAAUUUAUAUUCCGGUGUACGCGCUUCACAUGGACGCACAGUAUUAUUCUCGGCCCAAGCUGUUUUUACCCGACCGAUUUUCGACAGCUAAUCGUAAACUGCAUAGGCCGUAUACCUAUCUACCAUUUGGAGCCGGCCCACACGGCUGCAUUGGAGAGCGAUUUGCACUUCUUCAGGCUAAGAUUGGCUUAGUUCAUUUGCUGAGAAACCAUAUGGUGCUUACAACAAAGGGCACACCCAAUUGCUUGAAACUCGAUCCGAAGGCCUUAAUACUGCAAGCCCAUGGCGGUAUUCAUUUGAAACUGGUGCGCGAUCCGUUGGGUAUUUGAUCUUAAUUUCCAAUAUUUACUUUUACGAAUUAGUGAAUUAAAUGCUUACGAGUA